AUGGCAGAUGAAGGUCAACACCAAGACGAAGAUAAGCUAAAUGCAGAUUUAUUCCACGCCCUUAGCCAUGAUGACGAUGAGCAGGUCAUAAAGCUUUGCAAUGAGAUUGAAGGUGGUCCAUUGUAUAAUAUGACCUUACACCAAUCAACUGUGCUUCAUAUGGCAUGUUUCCUUAAAAAACUUAAGUUAGCAGAUAGACUAUUGGACAUAGUUUUUGCUAACGCUUCGUCAGAUGAGCUCUAUCAAAAACUAUCUGAACCAAAAAAUGCUUGGGGAAACACCGUAAUCCACGACGCAGCCACCUCCAACAAAGGAAUCCCAUUUGUUGAGAAGCUGUUGAACAAAGUACCUGUUCUGAUAAAUGUAAAAAAUAAAUGGGGCGAGUCUCCUCUCAUCCAGGCUAUCCGCUAUGGCAGGAAACGUAUGUACAAAUGUCUUGUCAAUCAAGUCAAGUAUUGUGAAUCACAAGGUUUAACAAAGAAUGAACGCCUUGUAUUCUUAAAACGCAAAGAUAACAUGACCAUUCUUCACAUGGCUAUCCUCACUAGAAAAUUUGAUGUUGCGCUUGACAUAGCUAAGAGAUAUCCAGAGCUAUAUGAUGAAAAAGAUAGUCAUAAAAUGACUGCUCUUCAAAUGCUUGCGCACAGUCCAACAGCAUUCAAAAGUGGAACUAUAUUAGGACCUCUACAAAAGCUUGUCUACUCAUUUGUCUCAACUGAUGAACAAGACGCAACUGCAGAAGUUGGCAUGACCGGAAAAGACAGUAAUUUUAUAUUUGGUAGGAGAUGCUGCAAAUUUGCCAUGAUAGAAGAAGUUAGAGAGAAGAAGGGCAAUCAGGACGCGCUUCAGCUUGCCAAGAUGUUGAUCAAAUCAGAUAAAUCUUGGAAGAACACAUAUUUUCCACUAGCGGAAACUACUCCUAAUAUAGGUAAAAAGAAGACAGCGCUGCGGCAUGUAAAUUUCAUUGUCAAUUGCAAUUCUGUUGAUUGA